ACCGCAGGCGCGUGUGGCUAAGGGAAGGAAGUUGAUCGGGGCCGAAACCCUGCGACCCCGAGGACGCCUUAAGGCGCUUCGAUGCGCACGACUCUCGGAGUGACUUCUUGUUCAACCCUCGUAGGAAUCCCCGGAGCCAGGCCGAAAUUGGAGCCAAGGGACUGUCCAAGCCGGCGCCGUCGGUCACGUGAGAAAAUCCACGCUCUGUAGGCCUGGGGAGGGGAGGCAGGGGCGCCCCGAAGGUCCCAGGCCCCCCUACGGCUGGACAGCCUCCACGUAUCUCUAAUUCAAAGGUUUAAAACUCAGGUACAAGAAGGCCAGCAAUAGACCUCAUGAGACUUUCCCGGCUCUUUUCUGGCCCCCACCCCAUAGGACUGUCUGUCCUCCAACACUGGGAUCUUCUUGGAUCCACCCGAUGGACAGGAGUCAAGGAGGGACUUGCACAGCUGAGGUCGGCAUGGCCACAUUGGCAGGUGUCGGCAGCCUUCUGCAGCUCUUCCCACCUGCCCCUGGGCCAGGGGAGCCAGAAGAACAUGGGCAGCUUCUGCUCUGACUCCAAUAAGCUCAGCACUGUGGCCCCUCAGGAAGAGGAGGAGGACGAAGAGAGCUUUGGAACCCUCUCUGACAAAUACUCUUCCCGGAGACUGUUCCACAAGUCAACAGCCCAGCUGUAUAAUCUACAGCUGAAGGAGCAGGGUGUCGAGGAGGAAGAAUUGGAGCCCAAACAGUGGCAGGGCAGGAGGAACACUCCAUACUGGUACUUCUUUCAGUGCAAACGUCUGAUCAAGGAAGGAAAGCUGGCGGAGGCCCUGGAUUUGUUUGAGAGGCAGAUGCUGAAGGAAGAGCGCUUGCAGCCUUUGGAGUGCAACUAUACGGUGCUGAUUGGGGGCUGUGGGCGCGUCGGCUACUUGAAGAAGGCCUUCAAACUCUAUAAUGACAUGAAGAAGCGAGACCUGGAGCCUUCGGAUGCCACCUACACAGCCCUGUUCAAUGUCUGUGCAGAGUCCCCCUGGAAGGACUCCGCCCUGCAGAGUGCUCUGAAGCUCCGACAGCAGCUCCUGGCCAAAAACUUCCAACUCAACCUGAAAACAUAUCAUGCCCUGCUGAAGGUGACCGCCAAGUGUGCAGACCUCAGGAUGUGCCUUGAUGUCUUCAAGGAAAUCAUCCACAAGGGGCACAGAGCCACAGAGGAAACCUUCUCUUUCCUGCUCGUGGGCUGCAUCCAGGACAAGAAGGCAGGCUUCCUGAAAGCCGUGCAGGUAUGGCGGCAGAUGCUGAGGCUGGGCAUCAAACCAACUAGGCAUGGCUAUAACCUCCUGUUGGGCGCAGCUCGAGACUGUGGUCUGGGGGACCCAGAGGUUGCCUCCAGGCUGCUCCUGAAGCCUCAGGAAGAGACCAUCCCGUUCCAGCUACCAGCAGGCAGGCCUGAGGCCCGGAGGAAAGUCCAGGCCAAGGCAGUGGUUGAUGUGUCAGUUAGACAUGUGGAGGCACUAGAGAGGCAGUUGUUUCUGGAACCUUCUCAGGAACUUGAGAGACCUUCAGAGUUCCCUGAGACUGGGGUAACAAGCAAAAUCCAGCCUGAGAUAGAAACCAAGGCAGAACCUGGCCAUAUACCAGCCCAUACCCCACUGGCCCUGAUGCUUCCCCCCUUGAAUCUGGAAGUUAAUAUCCUGAGUCUUGGGACUCUCUCCCCAACUGUAGUCUCCUUUGGGACAGUGGCCACACCUGCUGAUAGGCUGGCCUUGAUGGGAGGUCUGGAGGGCUUCCUGGGAAAGAUGGCAGAACACGGGCUCCAGCCGGACAUCAAAACCCUCACUCUACUGGCUGAGGUGGUGGAACCUGGGAGCCCUGCAGAAUCCUCGCUGCUGACCAUCCUGGACAGGCAUAAGGUGGAGGCCGACGUUACCUUCUUCAACACGCUGAUAAGGAAGAAGAGCAAGCUGGGAGACCUGGAGGGAGCAAAGGCGUUGCUGCCAGUCCUGGCAAAGAAGGGAAUUGUCCCCGAUCUGCGGACUUUCUGCAAUCUGGCCAUUGGGUGCCGUAGACCCAGGGAUGGUAUGCAGCUGCUUGCGGACAUGAAGAAAUCCCAGAUGGCCCCUAACACCCACAUCUACAGCACUCUGAUCAACGCGGCCCUCAAGAAGCUGGACUAUGCCUAUCUCAUUGAUAUCCUGAAGGACAUGAGGCAGAACAGCGUCCCAGUGAAUGAAGUGAUCAUCCGUCAGCUAGAGUUUGCUGCUGAGUACCCUCCCACCUUUGACCGGUACAAAGGGAAUAACACCUACUUGAAGAAGAUUGAUGGCUUUCGAGCUUAUUACAAGCAGUGGCUGAAAGUGAUGCCAGCAGAGGAAGCCUCCCACCCCUGGCAGGAGUUCCGGACCAAGCCUAUGGGGAACCAAGACACCACUGGGAAUGUUGGUGUCCGGAGAGGCCUUAGGGACAAGUGAUGGCGCAUGCUGCUGCGACAAGCUCCCAGCGUUCACAGUGCAGGUGGAGCCCAGGAGCUCCUUCCAUUUAAAAGCAGAGAGUGUGCUGGUGUCGCCUUCCUAGAGGCACCGCAGCGUUCUGCAGGCGUAGGCAUGAGGACAAAAUCCUGGGCCCAGGUUGCCCUCCACGUCACUGCUGAGAAAGUGUAAGCUUCUGCUCACAGACUGGCUAUGACACUGAGCCACAACUGUGCCCAUCCCCUGCAUCCCGCAGCCUGAUGCUCUGAAAGAAUGAAUAUAGCCAAGAGGUCUAAUGGUUUUAUUUUUACAGAUUUCAGCGAUUGGAAAGCCUUCACCUCUAGAGCCCAUGUUCCCUCUGGGUCUCUUCUCUGGGCACCACUCUGAGAAGAGCUGCUCCAGAAGGGGGUGGCCCAGUAGGUAGGAACCAAAAAAGUCCAAAGUCCAGAAUACAGCAGAGUCACGGGUGUCAGCCAGAGCAACCUCUGCAACCGCAGUGCGUGCACUCGAUGAUGCGACCCUGUAACAGAAGACGGGGACAUUUGUGUACACUGCUACAACACUGCACAUACCGACUGAAACGUGCUGUACAGGGUGCUGGUGGAAUAGUCCCUGUUCCUACACACUUCCAUUUGGAUAUUUUAGCUCCUUUGGGAAAAUGGAAACAGCUACCACUAGCCGAAAGUUACACGUCUGUGUGUGAUUAAGGCAAGACACACCUACCACCGCCACAAAGAAUCCUCUGUAAGCCAGUGCCUCCCUCCUUUUUUUGUUUUGUUGGUUUUUUUUUUUUUUUCUGAGACAGGGUUCUCUGUAGCAAUCCUUGAUGGCCUAGAAUUUGUUUUUUUUUUAAAUUUAUUUAUUUAUUAAAGAUUUCU